AUGAAACUUGGAACGCUCUCGGCGGUGGUAGCUUUGUCUGUGGCUGCAUCCACGACGAUCGCGCAUGUGCAGACCGGCGGCGGUACCACAUACGAUGUACUGCAUCGGAUCACCACUGUGGGCGAUACGUCUUCGACGUCGUCGAGCUCGACGACUGCAUGGACACGCCGUGCGACUCUCUCGGUAUCCUCGACCAACCAUACAUUGACGAAUGUGCUUUCAAACGACGAGGUGAAAAUGCUUUACUCUCAAGCAUGGGACUCGGCGUCGUUGGAUCUUCUCUACCAGAUUGGCCUGCGACCGCACGGUGACGACCAAACCGCGCUGUAUACCUCUGUUCGACUGUGUCAUUUGCGCCAGAGUCAUCGCGAACUGCGCAGCAUCGACGACGAAUUGCUGCUCAGUUCUCGUGGUGCGGAUGUAGUCGGGUUGGGAUACCGGGUCAAAGACAUCACGCUGGGCUCCGACCAUUGUCCUAUCCUGAGCAACGUCAAGCUGGAUAAAGUGAAGGAGGAAAGACGCAAACAGCGCCAACGACAGCUUUCUCGACGACGAAAAUCCGCGUCUUCUCCAUCGGCAGCUUCUGCUACGAUCGAGCAAGAGUUCAAGUUGAACACAGUCGUUCGAAGCGUGACACGGCAAACACCGCGAAAGCUCAUGCUGAAACAAGCCGCACCAACCAACGCUGAUGGAACGGUCAGCGUGCCGCCUCCCGAGAAAACGUUUGUCCAGAAAUACUGGAUGUACGCUAUCCCGCUCGUGCUGCUCUUGAUUAUGCCCGAUGGCCACGACGACCGCGAUACCGGCGCUGAGGCGCAUCCGAGCUCGGAACACCCAGGCUCCGGCAAGGGUGCUAAGAGGCUCAGUUAG